ACUUAGGUGUUAACUGCGUUUACAUGCGAAAAUGGCAGCGUUGAAGGAUGUUGUUUCAUUGUACAAAAAUUUAAAGCAAGAAUGGACAGCGACUCCGUGUAAUUUAAAAAAAUGCGGUGAAUUGCUCAAUCAGUUAAAGGUUGGUCUUACGCAUUUAAUGUUCCUACCAACAUCCAACAGUACAGCAAGUCAAAAUGAAUUACUUAUAGCUCGGGACAUUUUAGAAAUUGGUGCACAAUGGAGUAUAGUCACAGAAGAUAUACCUUCUUUCGAACGUUACAUGGCACAAUUGAAAUGUUAUUACUUUGAUUAUAAAUCUGGACUUAUGGAGUCUGCAUAUAAGUAUCAUCUACUUGGACUGAAUCUCUUGUUUCUAUUGUCUCAAAAUCGUGUAGCAGAAUUUCACACAGAAUUAGAACUGCUACCUUCAGAUCAAAUACAAUCAAACGUGUAUGUCAGACAUCCUUUAAGCUUAGAACAAUAUCUAAUGGAAGGAUCGUACAAUAAAAUAUUCUUAGCAAAAGGGAAUGUGCCAGCAGCAUCUUACAAUUUCUUCAUAGACAUUUUAUUAAAUACUGUUCGUGAUGAGAUUGGAGCAUGUAUGGAAAGUGCAUACGACAAAAUUUCUAUUCAGGAUGCCUCGAGAAUGCUCAAUCUAAAUACGGAAAAAGAUAUGAAAGCAUUCGCGGUAAAGAAGAACUGGAACUUGGCCAAGGAUAGUUACUUCUACUUUACAACUACUAGUGAAAAGAAAACUGAAGAACCAAUACCAAGUUCAGAUUUGGCUACACUAGCUAUAGAUUACGCGAGAGAACUUGAAAUGAUUGUUUAAGAAGCAUGUGUAUCAUCUUCCUGUAUUUUAUAGAUAAAUAAAGAUUGUCGUGUAAUUA